CAAACAUCGAAAUAAAUUGAGAGUUUGUUUUUUGCUCCAGCUGUGUAGAAAUCUCGAUCAUGUUGUACUUGUCGGAUGAGGAGGAGGAGGAGAUGCCGGAAAGGACAGAGAACGAUCCGUUAGUGACACCAGGGAGCAGCAUAACAACCUUGAACGAUGUGGCAAGAGAAAUGUCAGUUCAAGAAGUCUUGGACAAAGGAAAGUUCAAUGUGAUAGAUGUUCUGUAUAUCAUUGCUUUGGGACUUAUUGCAAUAGCUGACUCGAUGCAAGCUUGUUACGUCGCCAUUGUUAUACCAGAUCUUACGUGUCUUUGGUCUCUGAGUGCAUCGCAACAGUCUGUUUUAACGUCACUCACCUUUUUGGGAACUGGUGUUGGAGGAGUCUUCAUCGGGCCUCUUUCGGACAGAUUUGGAAGAAAGACCUCAGCAAUGGUAACGACGAUAGUCCUAUUCUUCACCAUGACUCUAACAGCUACGUCACCCAAUUUUUACGUUUUCUUGGUAUUCAGUGUCACAGCGGGGAUAUGUAUUGGAGGUUCUUUGACCAUCGCAUUCACGUACUGGGCAGAAGUUUCUAGCACUUCUCACAGGAAACUUGGAAUCACUGUCAUUACUAUUUUUUGGAACUUCGGUAUCAUGGUAUCAUAUGGAAUCGCUUACCUUUCUUUGAACAGCAUUGGAUGGAAGACGUUUUCAUAUAUUAUGGCUAUUCCAGCCCUAGUUCCAGCAAUAUUACUUGCUUUUCUCCGGAAUCACCUAAAUAUCUCAACUCUAUUGGAGACAUAGACGGAACUGUGGCUGCUUUGAGGACAAAAUUAAAAACAUCCUGUCUGGAGUUCAAUUUGGAUGAGAUAACAAUACUGAAGGAGGCCAGAACGAGAGUGAAGAGCAGCCUCGCAAAGUCAAUCUUACAAUCUUUUAAAACAAUUUGCAGCAGUGACCUGAGAUGUGACACACUCAGAGUCAUAGGAAUUUACUCUUGUCUUCAGAUCGUGUUCAAAGGACUCUUGUACAUCACCACUGCUGUAUUCGCUACCAACCGCUGUGAGACGAACAAGGGACACAAAGUUUGGGGUUCAAAUCCUACAGAUAAUAUGCCAUUUGGAAAGCCUGUCCAGUGCGCAACUUUGGAUGAUGCCGAUUUGGUGAAUGGUGCAUUACUUUCUGUUGCUUUCCAUGCAUCAACAAUACUAACCAUGAUACUAGUGAAGAGGGUCGGAGAAUAUUGGACUUUGAGAUUCCUCUCAGUUUCGACUCUCUUUUUCAGCUGCCUCUUGAUAUUCUGCAUACCGGGCCACAUCCAACUCGUUUCUAUAUUUAUGAUAGCUGUUGGUGUCGCUGGUAUCUCCCUUGUCUUCUUCAUUAUACUUCCCCAAAUCUACCCAACAAUAGCUCGCAACUCAGGGUUUGGUUUGGUGGACGGAGUUGGGAAGAUUGUGGCAUCUUUAGCUGUGUAUGCUAUAACGACUAUCAUUAACUAUUCUUUAAGAGCAGCGAUCUGUGUUUUAGUCGGGAUAACAGCUGUUUUGAUGGUUCAGAUUCUUGUUUUGAGAAAUUUGACUGAAACUAGCGAGGAGGUCUCAAAAGAAAAUGAAUUACAACCACAUCAGGAUUGAGUUAUUAUUCUUGGGAAAUUAAAGAGAAGACCAAAAGAUUAAUAAAGUUAACUUUCCUCAUACAAAAAUAACAUGACACCAUCAGCACCACAAGCUACAGAUAUUACUCAGAAAACUUUGUGUACCAAAACCAUGGUAGCCAUGGGAGUCAUACAUAGACCAUGAGCCAUGGGAGUCAUACAUAAACUUUCAAAAUCUUCAAAUAUUCAAUUUACGUGAUUAUGUAUACAUUUUAAAGUUUGAAUUUAUUUGUAUAUAAUAUGAUAUCUUUACCUCAUCUUAGUUUCUUAUUUGUACAGUUAAUUGUAAUUUGUUAAAAGUGCAGUUAAUACUCUAAAUAAAGGAUAGGCCUACGCUUACGGACAAAUUUACAAUCUCACCAAAUCGGUUCGGUCGAAGGAGUUUUAACGGGGAUCAAAUGAUAUUAUUUUGGCCUGACUGUGACUUAAUAUGGGUGCUGAUCGCCUUCAGGUAACCAUGGUUAAGUUAAUAUUCCUCCUGAUCACGACGGUCCUCAAUAUUGAUGCCCUCGUUUCGACAGGACCAGAUCUGCGUCGUUCAAUGUAUCGGACUGCUGCUCCCCUUACAGACACAAUGGGCUGGUCCAUAAUAUGUGGUGCAACUCAUUGUUCACACUGAACAAAUGUUUGAACAAUGUUCGGCUCUGCUCCCUCAAUAAGAUCUGACUCUGCUCCCUCAUCCGUUCCAUCCGCCAGAGGUAAAUUAUCGGAUUGCAAGCGGAGUUGAGGGGGAUUGCCAUAACGAAAAUGAAGGUUAUCAAGUGCGAUGAUUCCGGACAAGACAUGAAGUGGGUGAAGUUGUAGAGCAGCAUCAAUAUAGCUACCGGCAUGUUGAAUAGAAGGUAUGUUCCUAGGGGGAAUCAUGGAUUUAGGUAAACUACAGUCAAUCGAGACUUUGGUCCUUUUGUAAUGGUGGGCCAGAUGCUUGCUUUAACGUGAUGUCAAACUUUGCAUGUAAUAGAAAUGUUCCAUAUUAUUAUUGUCAGAUUACUUUUAGAGUUAGGAACAUGGCAUCAUUUAAUUUGGUACUCACCCGUUAAAAGCGCGACUGUAACUGUGGCUCUCUUAUUCUGCUACCAUCAACUUCUCCGCUGCUUUCAGUCCUAGUAACAGUACUCUUCUUCGGCUGAAGCUGGUGGACUAGAACUAUAAAGGUCACAAUAACAACUGGGACAGGUUACUGAAUGCCCAAAUAAUCAAACACAUGAGUUGCCUUGAUAGCCACUUCGGGCAAAGAAUCUCCGCCAAAUGCCAGACAAGACGUAACACAGGAGUGGUAGUAAUGUCUACUGUUCCACCAAAAUGGAAUAGUUCCUCCUACCAAGUAAAACACGAAACCCGCCGGUAUGAGCACCAAAAUGACAUUUCUGUUUAUUCUUUUGAAAGGAAAUGUAAGGACGUAAACCUUAGAGAUGGAGAGUAGAGCUCCGAGGAAGACAGACAUGCGACCUAGUGCCGACCACGCGAGCGCCCAAGCAUUACAGAAAACCCGGUUGUUGAAUAGGACGGGAUUCCGAGCAUUGAAUAGUGAGAUACCAACCGGUAGAAUUAGGAUCGAGAUAUUGAGAUCCACGAAGACCACAGAAGUGUAAAAUGUAAAUGAUCGUGGGUAUGUCUCGUUCUUCUUGAUGAAAUAUCGCAGUGCUAGAAUGUUGCUCACAUUACCAAAUACUAGGGUGGAGACACAAAGUAUCCCUAAAAUGUGGUCCAAGUGCACAUUACGAGGGUAAUCAGCACGUAUAAUGGUUUGAAUCGUACUUGGAGCACAGGGAUAAGUGUCAUUUGCACUGCGUUGCCGCUCAUAUUCUGCUACCCUGGGCAGAUUAUCUGGGUCAAUUAAAGAUUAUUGUUAAAUAAUAUAAAACAAAUAUGUCCCUGCCUUCUGGCUUGUAAAAAGGGAGGAUGACCACAAAGAAAGGGUUCGGUUGCAGCAGUAGCUUCAUUAAUUACAUUUGAGCAUUUGUAAUGAAGGUUUUAGAGUGGCAAUCCCUUGAUUAAUUGAGAUUUCCCUCCUUUUGGUUUGGAUGUGCCACCAAAUAUCAUGUACAGAUUUCUAUAGAAUAUUGGCUAGAACCUAUUAUAAUCGCCGUACGGCGUACGGUGUACAUACUAAUUACUACUGAAUACGUUUAUAAAUUCAGUAGCCGUAAACCCUCGCCUCCACCAGGAGUUUUAACUUUAUAAAAGAAAAAAAAGUUACACUACAGCUUGUGAAAUUUUUUCAUUAUUUACAAAAGUACUGUAACGUGAACAGCAAACUAAACAAAUAGCGACUAGGCAGCCCAAUUGUCGCGUCCGGGCGAGGAGGACUAUGCGACAUCAGCUUCUGGUCAGGCAACGUUUGGCAAAGUUCCCAAAAAACCCGUCGGUAAUUAUGUUACGGUUACCUCGAUGAUGCGUGACUAUAGAGGCGCGAAUAUCUACUCAAGGAUCACGAAAGAACGGGAGAGGUAUCGAGAGAGCUCUCAAGCUCAAGCUAACCAAAAUUCCAAAAGGCGUCGGAGCUAUUAUUCCAUUGCAUUAUUCUAUUAUUAAAUUAUUCCACUGCGUGUCAUUACACUGACCGUCUGGUAGGUUUAAUACUGCUUACCAACGCUGAUUACAUUCCAAC